AUGUCUACCGACGGUUCAAGUAUAAAUACCGCCCAUAGGACCCAGAGUUCCCCGGCUAUUGAGAACGCCAUCGAUAGGUCCGCUCCAACUUUCACCGCUGCUAUCGAAAAAGAUGAAACCACCUACUUUGACACCAACCCUCCGCCCCCGGAACUCGAGGAGUUCUCCCGAAUAGCCGAAGAAUUCGUUAACCUGCACUGUUCCCACCAGCGACGGGUUGUGCUCGUGACAUCCGGUGGUACCACCGUGCCCUUGGAAAAUCAAACCGUCAGGUUCAUCGACAACUUUUCCGCUGGUACCAGAGGCGCUACCAGUGCCGAAUACUUUUUGGAGGCUGGAUAUGCUGUUAUAUUUUUGCACCGGCAGUUUAGCCUGCUUCCUUACAGUCGCCAUUACAGCCACUCUACAAAUUGUUUCCUGGACUUUUUGGCAGAAGCUCCCACGGAUGGAAGCAGCAGGAAUACCAUCGUGGCGAGGGAUGAAUACGCCGCCGAGAUGAUAUCGGUUCUGAGGAAGUACAAGCAUGCUAAGAGGGAAAGGCUGCUUCUUUUGCUUCCGUUUACAACCAUAACCUCCUAUCUGUUCCUCUUGAGAGAGCUGGCCAUGAAAAUGAGACCGCUGGGUGGUAAAUCUUUGUUCUACCUGGCUGCCGCUGUUAGCGAUUUCUUCGUUCCUAGGGAAAGAAUGGCGGAACACAAGAUUCAAAGCGGCGAGUUUGCCGAAAAGGACGGCGAGAUGGAAUUUGUCAACCCAGCUGGCCCGGGGUCUGGAAAGAAAUUGAUUAUUGACUUGGAUCCUGUACCGAAGUUCCUGAAAAGGCUUGUGGAGUCGUGGGCUCCGGACAGCAUGAUCGUGUCCUUCAAGCUAGAAACAGAUCCUAAGCUUUUGAUCAAAAAAUGCAAUAUGGCGUUGAAGCGUUACUCCCAUCACCUAGUGAUAGGUAACCUGCUUCAAAGUCGAAAGCACGAAGUAGUAUUCGUCGACAAGGAAUCCACACACUGGCUCCGGUUACCGCAGGGCACCGAAGAAAAUACAAAUAGUGUUGGAAAGUUCGCAGGCAGACGUGAUCCGGAAAUAGAAGCCCUGAUCGUUCCUGAGGUGGUUCGUCGACAUGGGGCCUUGAUAUGGCAUGUGGUGGCGGCUACUCGGUCCUCCAUUGGAGGCUUGCCCGACUAA